UUAGAUUGGAUUAAUCCUACAGAAGAAACACGUAAAAAAAAGUGCUGGGACUUAUACUUCAUAAAUAGUGUGGAAAUAAAUUAAUGUUCAAUUUGUUUUAAAAUAAUAUAAUAUAUAAAUAUUCAUUAUUUUUAAGAAAAUAUUAAACAAAUUCUUAUUUUUGUUGCAGAUUUAUAUACUAAUUUUUAUGUGUCAAAUAUAUUUAUUAUUUACUAGGCAUUUAUCGUAAAACAAAUGUGUACCAACGUCGUAUCUAGCACGUAUCACUGCAAGACGUAUGUGUCAUCAAAGAAAGAUAUACAUAUGAGAGAUUAAAAAAUGUGCGCUUACAAUACUUUACUACUAAUAAUACUACUCAGUCUUAUUUACACGAAACAAUUAUUACGUAUGUGUGAGAAGGGAAUAAGCAAACAAACUUAUACCCGAUACGAUAGACGCAUGAUAGGGACAUUUUCCGUUUGUUUUGUAGUUCAUAUUUUAUUCAUAAUUAUUAUUGAAGAAGUCACAUACACUUCGGGCGAAAAGUCAUGAACAACAAUAAAAAAUUUGGUACAUUACGCAAAAUACAGUGUAGUGGAAUAGUUUGAUCAGAAUAGUCCAGAUGGAGCCUAAAGCAGUAACAGUUGGUAACAACGACAGGUUGUCUACCCUGCGUCACUAAUGUCGUCAUCUUUUCGAACACGCCUUUAUUGUAGGAUUCUUCGAUUCACUGGAAAAAAUCGAUUCUGAAUCGAAUCUUGAGAGCAAGCAGAGAAUCGAUUUAAAAGAUCGAUCUUUUAAUACAAAAAAUUGAUCUUCUGAAAAAUCGAAUUGGACUCGAACAUCUUUAAUUUCAAUAGAGGAUUGAAUAUGAAUAAUACAGUGACAUGGUGUACAGUUUCUGAUGAUGAACAAAACAAGUGCGAAGCUUUUUCGAAUGCAGUUGCUCGUGACAUAACUUUCUUUGGAAGGAACUAUUUUACAGUGAAAUGUAAACAAGCUUUUAAUAAAGAAGAAUGUAUGUCGAUGUUGGAUCAGGAACAAGCUGAAAUGACAACAUUAGAUGCCGGAGAAGUAUUUAUAGCAGGCCGUUAUCAUAGUUUGGUGCCAAUCAUGCAAGAAAUGUAUGAAAAUGGUGUUAGUUAUCAAUAUACCGUUGCUGUUGUUAAGAAAGGAUCUUUACCAGAUGUACAAGCAUUAGAAAAUCUUAGAGGAAAAAAAGCAUGCUUUGCAGGAGUUGGUACUCUCGCCAGUUGGAUUAUUCCUAUUCACACGUUAAUGAAACAAGGUGGAAUGGAAAUAAUUGAUUGUAAUAAUCAUGUAAAAUCUACAAUUAAAUAUUUUGGGCCAAGUUGUGCAGUAAACUCAUUGAUAGAUAAAUAUAAUCCCUUAGGUGAUAACUCUGACCAAUUAUGCAAACUUUGUAUUGGAAAAGCACCAACUGAUAAAUGCACAAAUGCAGAUCCUUAUGCAGGAUAUGAGGGUGCUUUUCGUUGCUUAGUGAAUGCCGGAGAAAUUGCAUUUUUAGUUCACACAACUGUACAAGAAAUGACAUCAUCUACAUUUGAAUUCAAUAAUAUUACAAAAGAUCAAUUCGAAUUAUUAUGUAAGGAUGGAACUCGAAAAUCAGUAAAUGAAUAUAAAAAUUGUAAUUGGGGUACUGUUCCUUCUCGUGCAAUAGUAACAUCUUCUGCAACGAAAAUAGAAAUUCGCAGAUUGUAUCAAAAAUUUCUUGUAAAAGCGGUUAAAAUAUUAAACAGAAAACAUAAUUUUACCGAUAUUUAUAAUAAUCGUUUUGAUAAUCGACAAGAUGAUUUUGAAAACAGACCGGGAUAUGAAGAUAGAUACAGAGAAAAAGAUUUUAUAUAUAAUAAUCGAAAUGAAUAUAAUACGGAUAUAAAUAACGAAUAUGAUAGAAGUUUUGAUGAUGGCUAUGCAAAUUCGAAUUCUUGGAAUAGAGAAUACAAUGAUACGUAUAAUACUUAUCCAUCCAACGAUUAUUCUGAAACAACAAAUAUACAACCGAUCGAAACAUUUGAUUUAUUUGAAUCGGCUCCAAAGUAUGGCCUUCAUCAUAAUUUAAUGUUUUCGGAUUCUGCUCAAGAUUUUGUAUUAUUGCCUGAAAAAGAUCAAACGUAUACAGGAUAUUUAGGUAGAUCAUUAGAUUCUAUUCUAGGAGUACGUCAAUGUCCUGUGAAUAGAAUGACCUUGUGCGUUACAUCCGAUUAUGAAUUGGAGAAAUGUAUAAAGAUGAAGAUAGCUUUGAAAGCCCAACUUUUGAAACCAGAAUUAUUGUGUCAUAAGGGAUAUAGUCAAAUAAAUUGUAUGCAAGCGAUACAAAAUGGAAUUGCCGACGUAACAGUUUUAGAUGCUAGCGAUGUAUAUACCGCUGGCUUGCGUUUCGAAUUAAUUCCUUUCAUAUCCGAAGUAUAUAAUCUUGGUACACCGGAUUAUUAUGUAGUUGCUGUUGCGAAGGAGAAAGACGACAAUACGGAUUUAACGUAUCUUAAAAACAAAUAUACGUGUCAUACUGGAAUUAAUACUGCAGCAGGAUGGGUGUAUCCAUUGGCGUACCUUCUUUCAAAUCAAUGGAUAAGAGGCUAUGGUUGCAAUUCCGUACGCGCAGCUGCCGAAUAUUUCACAAAAUCGUGCGUACCAGGUGCAUUAAGUUCCGAGUAUAAUACAGGUGUUCCAUAUGAUAAUAUGUGCGACUUGUGUCACGGACAAAGUUAUAGGUACUGUCGAAGAGACGCUUCGGAAGAUUACUUUGGACAUACUGGUGCUUUUAGAUGUUUGGUUGAAGGAGGUGGUGAUGUAGCAUUCGUCAAGCAUACAACGGUUGCCGAAAAUACCGAUGGUAAAAGAAGAGAAUUUUGGGCGCGUAAUACAUUUACAAAAGAUUUUGAAUUACUUUGUCCCGAUGGUACUCGUCGGCCAAGUACGGAUUACGAACAUUGUAACUUAGGAAAAGUUGCGGCUAAUGCGAUUGUCACUCGUGGUGGUUAUUAUGGUUACAACGAGACACAAAUAAAUGCCUAUAUAAAUCUCUUUAUUUAUGCACAACAAUUGUAUGGUAGGAAGGAUCCGGAUGAGUUUAGUUUUAGUAUGUUCUACAGCAUUCCACCUUAUAGCGAUCUUAUUUUUCAAGAUGCAACGCAACAAUUAAUAGUUAUUCCACCAGAAAAAAGACAAUUUAGCGCAUAUCUUGGUUCAGAUUUUAUGAGAGCUAGAAGAAUCGUAGAUUGCAAUGCUGGAGCGGCUGCUUUAGAGCAUUCUAUAAUUGCUGCUUUAAUAAUGUUUGCCUUAACUUACAUGCUCGCUAGAUAAAAGAUUUAAAUUCGUAAUAUUUGUAAAAUAUAAAUUUAUAAUAAUUUUUACUUACGAUUACGGUAUUGAAUCUCGUAUUUUUCGAAAGUAUAUUUAAAUAUUACGCAUUCACAGAUCACAGUCUCUCAUAUGUGAUUUUAACAUAUGCGUGAAAAGUACAAGUGACUGUUAGUCAUCGCGUAGGAUGUCUAUUUAUAGAUUUUAUAAUUGUUUUUCUACCGUAGGUAAUAUAUACCUAAUUAUUUUAAGAUAUUGAUUAUUAUACGAUGCAAAUACAAUCCGUCCAUUUUCGAAAAAGUAUAUAUAUAUAUAUAUUAUGUAAGAUCACAUGCUUACGAAAAUCGUCCGUUUAUGACAUAUCAACAUUUUUUAUAACAUUAUCUUUUAAUACAUUACCUAUUAACGUAGAUAGAGAUUAAUAUUUAAAAUGAAUACGAAACGAAGACACACUUUAUUUUAAUUUUCCAAAGAAACGAAACCGUCCAUUUUGAUUGUCAAACGAUUUUUAUUUAUCUUUAGAUAAGUAUAAUAUAUUUUCAUAAAAAAUGUCAUUCUUAAAAAAAAAACGAUACUUAUUUUUUAAAUGAAAAAAUAAAAAAAAAUAUAUUUACAAUCCCUAGAACAUGUUUAAUUGAAAAAGAUUAAGAUUGCUAUGGCAAAGGGAUUAAUUGGUUUUAAUGAAGGUGAUAUUGUUGAGUAAUAGGAAACAACAACUGUGUUCUUCGUGAUCGAAGCAAUUAUCGUCGAGGAUAUUAUUCAAAUUGCGUUUCUCAACGAUUACUGGCCAUCGGUGAAGCUUCAGAAUCGCUAAGUAAUAUCCGCUGCCCGUCUCGUCCAGGAUAUUACUUAAGAUUCGUAAUGGAUUCUAACUAUGCCGUGCGAAAAUUUAAAUCGGCAGUAGUCAAUCAACGCGUCUAUUUAAGUUCAUUUUUUGUAAACUAACAAUAAUCAUAACAUUAUCAGGAUUUAAAUAAAAUUUCUAUAAAAAUACGACGCUUAUGUUUCCUAACACGAUGAUCACGCUAUCGAUGAAAAGAUCGACUUAGCAAGUAUAUAAAUAAUAGAUAUUGUCUUUUCUUUUUUACAUGAUUACAAGGUAUACGAUGUAAUAAUAAAUAAUAAAAAAAUUUUAUAAGGAAAA